AUGCCUCGAGCCUCAUUCUCAGAUGGCAGUCGUGAGACUGCCGUUUCAAGCCUUCCCGCACCAAAUAGGACAAAACUCGACAAUCAAGAGAAUAAUGAUUCCUUUCCCGAAGGCGGCUAUGGUUGGGUUUGCGUUAUUGCCUCGUCUCUGAUUAGCGCUCAUACAUGGGGCAUCAACAGCGCAUACGGAGUCAUUUUGGCUCACUACUUGUCAAAUGACACUUUCCCGGGCACAAGUGCUCUUGAAUAUGCCUUUAUUGGAGGUCUUAGCAUUGGCUGCGCUAUGCUUGUUUCGCCAAUUGUCACUAUAAUUGUGCACCACCACGGCAUCCAUAUCGCACUCUAUACUGGAGCUGUCCUCCAAUCCAUAUCGUUUGUGGCUUCUUCUUUCACAGAACAGAGCUGGCAAUUAUUCCUAUCACAAGGCCUCUGCUUCGGAUUAGGCAUGGGUUUCUGCUUUGUUGGGUCUGUUGGUGUUGUCUCGCAUUGGUUCCAUAAGCGCCGCAGCUUGGUCAACGGCAUCACGGCGGCGGGUGCCGGGCUGGGAGGGCUUGUAUACUCGCUUGCAGCUGGAUCGAUGCUGAUAAAUCUCGGGUUUACUUGGACCAUGCGGAUUCUAGGCAUCGUUUCCUUCGUUGUGAAUCUCAUCUCCGGGGCACUCCUGCGUAUCCCUCCGACAACCAAAACAGACGGAAAUACGUCCGCCUUUGGAUUAUCAGCCCUGCAAGACACUCGAUUCAUUCUUUUACUCAUAUGGGGCAUCCUAAGCGUUCUUGCUUAUGUCGCGUUAUUGUUUAGUUUAUCAAGUUACAGCGUCGCAGUCGGCCUGACCCAAAGCCAGGCCAGUGUGGUAAGCGCGAUCCUCAAUCUUGGCCAGGCGUUUGGCCGCCCAGUCGUGGGCAUCAUGAGCGACUCACUGGGGCGAGUGAAUGUCGCAUCAGGAGCUACCUUGGUUGCUGGGGUGCUUUGUUUGGUGUUCUGGGUUUUCGCCAAGACUAUGGUGACUAUCUGCGUUUUCGCGAUCAUGGUAGGAACGGUGUCUGGCACCAUAUGGGCAGCUGCAGCACCACUUACUGUUGAGAUUGUUGGCCUGAGACAUGCAUCUAGUGCCUUGGGCCUUUUCUGGCUAUCAUUAGGACCGCCAACUAUAGUCGCAGAGGUUAUUGCUGUACAGUUACGCAACCAAGCCACGGAUACCUUCCCUUACCUUCGAGUUCAGAUGUGGGUAGGGGCGUUGUAUAUAUCUUCUGCCGUCUUUCUACUUUUCGGCAAGUUUUUCGAUCGAGUCGGGAGGAAGAUAGAACUAGAAAAGCCUCAACCAGUCUAG